UAUACCCGCUCAGUGUGUGACGUGUAGGACCUCCUCCUCCGACACACAGCAGCAGUAAUGGCGGACUUCGACAGCUACGAGGAGCGGGACCGGGCCUACGGCAGCUUCGGUGGCGGCAGAGGACCCCGUGGAGGCAGCGGUGGCGGCGGAGCCGGAGGCCCCAGGAAGCAGAAGGAGCUGCCGUCGGAGCCCCCGUUCACGGCGUACGUGGGAAACCUGCCGUUCAACACGGUGCAGGGAGACAUCGACAUCAUCUUCAAAGAGCUCAACAUCCGCAGCGUCCGAUUGGUCAGAGACAAAGAGACAGACAAGUUCAAAGGUUUUUGUUAUGUUGAGUUUGAAGAUUUGGAAUCUCUAAAAGAAGCUUUGACGUACGACGGUGCUUUGCUAGAUCAAAGGUCACUGAGGGUGGACAUCGCAGAGGGGCGGAGGCAAGAGCGAGGAGGACCAGGAGGAGGCGGCUUCGGCUUCAGAAAAGACGACGCUAGAGGAGGACGAGGAGGUUCUCGAGGAUCUCAAAGAGGAGGUCCAGGAGGAGGACGUGACUCCCGCGAGGACUACGACCAGCCUGGAGGAGGUGCGGACAGCUCAGGUUUUAGAGAUGACGACUUCAUGGGAGGGCGGAGUCGAGGCGGCGGCAGUGGUGGUCGCCCCAGCGAGAGAAGGGGGGCGGGGGCAGGCGCAGGACCGGGUCGCUUCAGAGACGGCCCCCCACCCCCACGCGGAGGAGGGACAGACUUCAGGGAACCGUCUGAAGAGGAGCGUGCACAGCGGCCCCGGCUGCAGCUGAAGCCUCGGACCGUCUCCGAGCCGCUCAACCAGGUCGCCAACCCGAACUCUGCCAUCUUCGGCGGAGCCAAGCCGCGAGAGGAGUCCUGAUUCAUUUAAAUCAGCAACCACAUACUCCUGACCAGAUGGUGGCGCUAACUCAUCGUGUCCCCACCAGAAAAGAAGAAAUUUAAAGGUUUUUGUGCUGUUUUUUUGUAAUUUCAGUUCCUGUAGAAACCGACUGCCACCUUUUUGUAACCACAUUGAUUAAAAAAAAAAGAAAAAAAAAAGUCCAAAUUCUCGCCGUCAGUGAAGUUCUGUUUGUAACCUUUGAACACGACGUGGAACCUGGUCCAGGUGGAUGUUUUCAGGUGUGUCAGUGUGGAUCGGGAUCGGGUCCGGGGGGACAGGAUUUAAAGCUUCAGUCGGUGGUCUCGGUCGGUUUCGGUUCCGCGUCGCUUGGAGAACGUUUGUGUCGCUGAUAAACAGUUUUAUUUGCUUUACUGUACUAUAGAAUAAAAACGGCUGUUUUAACUUUUUUUGUUGAUUUUUUUUCCUACACUGUUUAUGGCAAUAAAACUAUCAUCAUCAUCAUCA